AUAUUUAUCAACAUCGGUAUUCUGCUCGGAUAUGUCUCAAACUAUUUCUUUGCCAAACUUCCCGAGCAUUUGGGAUGGAGAUUCAUGUUGGGGAUCGGAGCCGUCCCCGCUUUGUUUUUAGCCAUCGGAGUCUUGGCAAUGCCCGAGUCUCCUCGGUGGCUCGUCAUGCAGGGCCGUCUUGGUGACGCCAUGAAAGUCCUCGAGAAGACCUCCGAUACCAAUGACGAAGCCGUCUUGAGACUCGACGAAAUCAAAACCGCUGUCGGGAUCCCAGCAGAAAUGAAGGGAGAUGUCAUAACGGUUCCGGACAAGAAGAGCCACGGAGAAGGUGUCUGGAGGGACCUCCUCAUCAAGCCCACCCCAGCUGUUCGCCACAUCCUCAUCGCCUGUCUCGGCAUCCACUUCUUCCAGCAAGCCUCCGGAAUCGACGCCGUCGUUCUUUACUCUCCGACCAUUUUCGCGAAAGCCGGUAUAAAAUCCAAGAACGAUCAGCUUCUUGCGACCGUGGCAGUAGGGCUCGUCAAGACAGUGUUCAUCGUGGUGGGGACAUGCUUGGUCGACCGGUUCGGUCGCAGAAUCUUGCUUUUGAGCAGUAUGGGGGGUAUGUUCUUGUCCUUAGCCGCACUAGGGUCGAGCCUCACGGUGAUCAACCACAACGAGGGCUCGAACGUCGGGUGGGCAAUCAAGCUUAGCGUGACGACCGUGAUGACGUUCGUGGCUACGUUCUCACUCGGGGCAGGACCGGUGACAUGGGUCUACUGUUCGGAGAUCUUCCCGGUCAGGCUUAGGGCACAAGGCGCUGGCCUAGGAGUGAUGUUGAACAGACUAAUCAGCGGCACCAUCGGGAUGACUUUCCUCUCUCUCUCUCACGCCCUCACCAUAGGAGGAGCGUUCUUGCUCUUCGCAGGCGUCGCCUUCGUGGCGUGGCUUUUCUUCUUCAUUGUUUUGCCGGAGACUCAGGGAAAGCCUCUGGAGGAAAUAGAGAAACUCUUCGGGAGCUACACCGCCAAGAAGAAGAAUGACGAUCGCAAGGAGAGUGAUGGAAGGUGA